AUGACGCCUCCACCAAAAGAUUUCAUCCUCUUUGAUGAGCCUACUUGCUCGAUCGCUCGCGACAAGCCACUGUCGUCGCCUUCUUCUGCCAGCGAUGCUCCAAUUGCCAACUCCUUCACAAAGCAUCGCUCGCCACAUCAGUCGCCCAACUUUGACGACAUCGCCCCACCUCCACCAUACACGCUCGACCACACAGGCGGUCCAAGACGUAAGCGUCAGAGAAGCGAUGCCUGUGCUCCCUCCUCCUAUGCUCGUUCCAGUCGCGAAGGUACCUCGACUUCGUCCGGUCAGGCCUCCAACGAGCGCAUCACUCCUCCUGAUCCACCCAGCGGUAGCUUGGGUGCUCCCAUGCACGACCUCAGUCUCGGAGAAUCCAUGCCCUCGCGCAAUCAUGACCCCAACAUCACCACCUCGGCCUUGGCAUCGCCAGCCAUGGCCUGCAUGUCACACGAGCAGCAAGAACGCAUCAAGGCUCAAAUUCGAGCAGAGCUCGCCGGCGUCGACUCUCGCGCCUUCAAAGGUCCUCUGCGCGAUAUCCUACAGAAGCACGACUACACGCCUAGACCCAACGACAUGCAGACCAGCCCGCUGUCCGCCUCCUCCGAUCCCAUGCAGGCUGGUGUAGCACCCUCCUUCAGCCUGUUUCCCGACUACGAGCUCGGAACUCAGUCUCAGAGCCAGUCUGGUCACCAAAACAAACACCAGUCGCAACUGACUUCCAGCAGCACCAACGAUGACCACAACGACGACGACGACGACAAUCUGCAGCCGCAUCCGCAGCGUCCUUCCGACCUCCGUACGCGCAGCAGCACCUUCGACGGCAGCUUUGGCGCCAUGUCCUAUCCACCCGCUCGCCAUUCGCAAAACUACCUCCCCGACUGGGCUCGUCAGUCUCAAUCCAGUCAGGCAUCCCGAGACACGCCCUCGCAACACUCGCAGCAGUCCCAACAUCCCCUGCAUCAGUACCAACGGCCGCACAUGCCACCUCCACUCAUGUCGCAGAGUCAACUCGCUCAGCGCGGAGGUCCGGUGUCCAUGAAUUCUACCGACGUCGUCGGCACACCUGUCAACGGCUACAGUCCAGGCGCGCGCAGGUCACUCAAACGCGAAUCAAGCAGGCUCACCGUCAGCCCUCAGGAGGCUUUCUUGGAUUACGACGAUGUCGAGAACGCCCUCUCGCACUCGGGGCUGGGUGAGAUGCCCAGUCUAUUUGCAACUGUGCCGCCAGGGCUGUCGGAUGCAAAGCCAACUUCCUUGCGCUAUCCGAGCGCUCACACCGGGACCAAUUUGCCUCGUAUCAUGUCUCAGCACAGUAUCGCUCGCGCCAGAUCCAUCACGGCAGAUUCCAGCUACGCUACACGCUCUGUACCCAUGAGUAGGAACGACACGGCCAGACCGCAUCACUACCAGAAUCCAAGCCGACCCGGUCCCACCGUUCAGCAGCCGCCCGCGGGCCGAUCGCCCUAUCCAACGCAGAGCGAUGGUCGUGGAACGGCAAGUCAAGAAUCGGGCUCUCAGAGCAGCCUCUUCAGCCCCGUCGAAAGCGGCGAUACCAUCUCGACGGAUGACGACGAAGACGAGAGGCCUUACUAUCCUCCGAACAUGCGUCCGAGCAUGAUCCAAGGCGGUCCUAGCAGUCUUUAUCUCAACUAUCCCACCAAGUCGGACAGUCGUGUGUCGACGUCAGCGUCACCGUCCGCAAUCGCGCGACCACUCCCAGGAAAGCAACGUACGGCCAGUACCGCGAGUGACGCGUGGUCACAGGUGCGCAAUGAGCCAUGGGCUUUCCGACCGGCGCAUACGAACCAGCCUCGCUUCUCGGACGUGUCGGCGUCGAGCAGCGACUCGGACGACGAGCGCAACGCCAGGAGGGGAGCCUACCUGCAGCGCCAAGAAGCAGAGCACUCUUCGCGUCACGCGUACUCUGCGCAGCACCACCAACUACACCACCAGCAUGGCGCUGGUCUCCCGCCCCACUACCAUUCGCAGUCGCCUCACGCGCGCUACACGCCGUCAGGUGCACGUCCUACCAACAGGCCAAGCUUGGGUCAGCACCAGUCGUCGUCCGAGGAUGUCGACGAUACCGAUGCAAGGUAUCGACGUCCGUCGUAUUCGUCGAGCCGCACCGAGGAGAGGGUGCCGCCACCGAGGUCGAAUGUGCCAGGUGCUCUGGGAGGCUACGGCUACAUUCCGGGAAGUCAAGAGUCCGGAUUGAGCGUCAAUGCUACAGGUACCGAGGCGAGUCAGGACGAGGACAGUCUCAGCGCGUCGAUCCGGUCGUCGGCGCAUACGAGCGAUCGCAGGACCGACGGUGGUGCGCCUCGAGAGAUCAGCGCUCCACCUCCGUUGUUGACGUCGAGGCAGCCGAGUUUUGUGGCCAGUGCGCACAAAGUCACAGCGGCAAGGGCGGGAGGAGUCGAUUCGCUGCGAACCAAGGAGGAGAAAGUGGAAGCGAGUGGCGAGGAGGAAGGGUCCGAGACGGGCACCAACAGCCCCAAUGGCGACGGCAACGAGUCAGACUACGAAGAUUCCAUCGAGGGGAACGCGGGUGUGGCUGCGAAGAAAGCGGCAUGUUCGACGCAGUCCAAGACGUCGAAACGUACGUCGGUGGAUGGCGCAAGUGCUACGAAAUCAGCCACUGUGGGCGCCGAUGGAACGACCAAGUGCGACUACGUGUCGCCCGUCACGCGUAUCGCCUGCCAGACCGCGUUCCACCGACCGUACGACUUGGCCAGGCACAGAGAGACGAUCCAUGCAAGGGAAGAAGCCGGCUUCCUACGCGAAGGAAAGCUCAAACUACCUGAUUGUGUGGUGCUGGGCAAGGAGGUGGAUCCCAAGAAGAGCACCGCCGUCGUCGAGUGGAAGUGCAAAGCGUGCGGAGCCAACUUUAGCAGAAAAGACGCCAUGUUGCGCCAUGAACGCCUGAGGCACAACGCUGCCAAGUAG